UCAAGCAGGACGUGGAAGGUUUGAGUGAGGUUAUUCUGAGUCAGGUUACUGGUGUGGAGGGCAGGGCAGGGGUGACAAAGAAGAGUAUAGUGAGUAAGGUGGUGGAAUCAGAGAUUCAGAGGACCAGGAGCACCAAAUGGAAGAAUGGGGAGAGGAAACGGAGGCAGGUGAUCCACCGACCGGAAGCAAAGGAGAGAUGGAUCAUUCUUUGAAGGUUAAAACUCAGAAAGACAUCACUGGGUUGAGCAGAAACAGUAUAUUUACAACAUCAUGUUCUGAAAAGGUUUCACACAGUCAAAGUGGACCUCAUAAUGAGAUUCCUCAGGUUCCAUUAAUAGAGCCUAAUGAGAAAGAAGAUUCAAGAGAUGAAAAGGAAAUGCAUGGAUUGAGUAAGUCCAGUAGAAAUACUGCUGCUGGGUCUGGUCAUUCUGAGGCAAAGUUAGUUUUUCAGAAACUAGGAAUAUCAAACAUCCCAAAUCCUGGUAAAGAAUUCAAAGUCUUUAAACUUAUGGCUUCAGAUCCAUUCAAAGACGCGAAAAGCACCAGCAUUGUCUCUCCUGUUCAACACCCUAAGGCUGUAACAUCCACUCCAACAAAAGGUGUCAGAAAUAACAGAUCUCUCAUAAAGCUUUUGUCCACUCCUCCCACUGAUUAUACCAGCCAACACGCACUACAGACUAGUUUACUUCCUUGUAAUAAUGUUUUCUCACCAUUUGCAAAUAGCAAUGUUCCAAGUUCCUCUCAAACUGGGCAAAAUCCUGACUCAGUGAUGAGGGGCUUUGCUUCAGCAACAGGAUUAUCAACAUUAACAAAUGAUUCUAUAAGCACAUCACAACAAGAGGAAAACACCGAUUCCCAGUUUAGUGAGGAGGGACCAGACAUUUCCAUUGUUAAAAGUGAACAAAUGGAGGAAUCUGUUAAUGAUUCAGAAUGUGUGGAUGAUGUUCCACAAACCCCAGACCCUGAAAGGGAACCAAUCAUUACCAAUAUUAAGAGUGAACCGAUGGACGACUAUUCCUAUAAUAUUCCACCUACACAAGUUACCAAUAGUGACCAUGCUGUAGAGGGUCAAAAGUCCAUUAUAAAGAGUGAGCCCAUGGACAGUAUAUUUGAUGUUCCACAAACACAAGAUAAUGAUAUUGACAGUACCAUAGAGGGUCAAAACCCUUUUAUCAAGAACGAGCCUAUCGAUGAUUCUUAUAAUUUUAGCGCUGGUUAUUCAGUAAGUCAAAAUGACACUCCUGAAACCAUUGAAGAAAGUAUACACUUCACAAAUUUAAAGAAAGAGACUGGAAAAGAUUCAUCUAAUUUUACACAAAAUCAGUAUGAUUUUCCUCAUUCCGGAGUCACCGCCGAAGGUUACGGAAACUUUACCACUGUUAAAACUGAACCAGGGGAGGAGUCAUCUGACUUAAGUUCUUGUUAUUCAGAGAACCAAAAUGUUCUGCAUUCUCAAGUCACAGAAGAGAAGCAGAAUCUGGCUAUUGUUAAUGCUGUUAGUGCUGCACUAGAGAAUUCAGGAAUUCCUCCAGAAAUCUUGUACGGAGAGAACGAGACAGAACAAACCUUACCAACAGAGAAAAGGACUGGUUCAGAUACAGGACAGUUUUGGCUCUACAACUGUAAAACCUGUGGAAAGAAAUUCAAACAUGCUGGAACAUUAAUGGUACACGAGCGAGCGCACAACCUGGAGAAGAAGCAGUAUCAGUGUUUUAUAUGUGGGAGGAUCUGUACAGCAGCAAGCUACCUUAAAGUUCAUCUCAGGACCCACAAAGAGGAGCCCUCAGACACCACAAAGAGAAAGAUUCAAUGUUUUAAAUGUGAUGAACAAUUCCUCCACGAAAAGAACUUCCAGACUCACAUGAGGAUGCACUUUCAGAAGGGGCUGACUUACUGUAUCAAGUGUGGGAAAGGAUUCUACCGCAAAAACCAGCUAGACAAACACAUGGAGAAUCACACAGAUAAGUACCCAUGUAAACAUUGUGGUAGAGAAUUCUCCAGCCAGGCAGGAAGGACUAUCCAUCUCAAGAGUCACAACAAAGAAAAACAAACCAGUAAACACCCAACAGAUAAGUUUCCCUGCGAGCAGUGUGGCAAACAAUUCUCCUCAGCAGCAAGCAGGGCCCUUCAUCUUACCAUUCAUAACAGGGACAAAGAAACCAUUAACUGCCCUAUAUGUGACAGAGUUUUUGAAAAAAAUUUAGUUAAAUAUGAGAGCCACUUGAGGGAACAUGAGUUAGCUACCCUGUUUAUAUGCCCCGUCUGUGGCCAUGGAUUUAGUACUAAAGGGGAGCUAACUUAUCAUCAGAAAAAACAUCUCCAGAAGACAGAGGGGGCCAGUUCACAUGUACUUAAUGCUGUCCGGGGCCUGGUCAGUCACAGACAGUGAAGUGAGUUGAGAGAGAAAAAAAGGAAAACAGUCAGUAAGGCCAUCUUUGAAAUAAUGUUUGCCUGCCCUCUCCUGACUCAGGAUGAAGUGAAGGCAUUCAACAAGGACAAAAACUGACAAUGAACAUCAUCUUGAAAUGAAUUCAUCAGGAUUUCACCCUCCCAGCCUCCGAUUCCAGUGACAGAACCCAAAAGUUUUUGGAUCAACAAAGAGACACAGACAAAGGCUCGUUGAUUCAUUGACUUGACUGGUAAAGAAAAGAAACUGUUGUGAUUGACACUGUGAAAAGAAGUAGGUCUAAGCACUAUUGAAGCUUAGAGUGAAAAAAAAUGAAAGUACACCAAAAGAUGCAUAAAGUGAAAGUACAAGGGAAAGAAAAGGAUUUGGGAAAAAAUGAGCAUGUUGACAUUUUGACAUGCUUUGUUUUUAAAAGGAAUGA